AGGGCCAGUACGCGGAGGAGCUUUUGGGACCCUCGGCGUGAGAAGAGACCCCGAGAGCGAACGAGACGCAGCGCACACCAAGCGAGUCGGGCGUGCGAGUAAGAGAGAGAGAGAGAGAGAAACAAUUUUGUUUACGUUUAUACUACUUUGAUGACAAGGAAGAAUUUGGACGCCCAAGAAGAGGCCGUUCCAUUUGGAUUUUUUUGCAUCUUCAUUAAACUUAAGCAGAAGUGAGUGUUUUGUUUGUUUUGCUGUUUGUUUUUGCGUGGAGCGCACCAGUCAGCUAUGUGGUUUCCCACGCCGAGUGCGUGACAGUAUCAGCUCUCUGUCGCUUCCUUCCGAACAAUUCCGUGCGUAAUUUGGCGAGAGUGAGUUUAGCCCGUAGGCAAGGUGCCAUGCUGCUGGACGCAGGCCACCAGUUCCCGGGUCUGGGCUCGUUCGCCCGCCACCACCCAGCGGCCGGAGACAUGCAGGAGCGAGACCUGAGCCUGGCCCAGAACACGUUCGUGGACUCAGCCCAUAUGGGCGCCUUCAAACUCAAUCACGAGCUCUCCCCGCCGGGCCAGAGCUCCGCUUUCAGCAGCCAAGCGCCCGGCUACCCGGCGGCGGCUUUGGGCGCGCACGCCGCCCACGUCACGUCGUACGCGGGCUCCCCGUUCAACUCCACCCGGGACUUUCUGUUUCGCAGCCGCGGCUUCGGUGAGAGUUCCCCGGCCGGAGGUCAGCAUGCGCUCUUCGGCCCCGCGGCGGGCUCCCUGCACCCCACGCACCACCCUGCGGACACGCCGCAGGGCCACAUCUUGUUCCCGGGCAUCCACGAGCAACACGGGGCCCACGCGUCGGGCAACGUGCUCAAUGGGCAGAUGCGGCUCGGCUUAGCGGGGGAAGUGUUCGGCCGAUCCGAGCAGUACCACCAGGUGUCCAGCCCCCGGGCCGACGCGUACUCUGCGGCGCAGCUGCACAACCAGUACGGUUCCAUGAACGUGAACAUGGCCGCGCAUCACCACCACCAUCACCACCACCACCCGGGCGCCUUCUUCCGCUACAUGCGGCAGCAGUGCAUCAAGCAGGAGCUCAUCUGCAAGUGGAUCGAACCAGAGCAAUUGAGCAACCCGAAGAAGUGCUGCAACAAGACGUUCAGCACCAUGCACGAGUUGGUCACGCACGUAUCCGUGGAGCACGUCGGCGGGCCGGAGCAGACCAACCACAUCUGCUUCUGGGAGGAGUGCCCGCGGGAGAGCAAGCCCUUCAAAGCCAAGUAUAAGCUGGUCAACCACAUCAGGGUGCACACGGGCGAGAAGCCCUUCCCGUGCCCCUUCCCCGGCUGCGGCAAAGUCUUUGCGCGCUCCGAGAACCUCAAGAUCCACAAGCGCACGCACACAGGAGAGAAACCUUUCCAAUGCGAGUUUGAAGGCUGCGACAGGAGGUUUGCCAACAGCAGCGACCGAAAGAAGCACAUGCACGUGCACACGUCGGACAAGCCCUACCUGUGCAAGAUGUGCGACAAAUCCUACACGCACCCCAGCUCCCUACGAAAGCACAUGAAGGUGCACGAGUCAUCCCCGCCCGCUUCUGACUCCUCGCCAGCAGCCAGCUCGGGCUACGAGUCCUCCACCCCGCCGGGCUUGGUGUCGCCCACCACCGAGACCCAAAGCAACACCACACUGUCUCCGUCCUCGGUCGUGCACAGCAGCACCAGCCACAGCGGCCUCUCGUCCAAUUUCAGUGAAUGGUAUGUGUAGGAACCCCCACAAAUCAACACACACACACACACACACUCAAUUCACAGCACUGGACCCUCCCUAAAAGGAGAUUGGGACACACAUUAUUUUAUGAUCUUUUUUGUCCUUCAACACAACAGAGGGAAAUAUGUAUAAUAGAUUCAUAUUGUAAAUAGUGGACACUUUGGUUGUGCUAGAUUUGUCUUUUUCGGUGUCUAGAUGUUUCUUCAAUGGUAGCUAUCGCUCUAACUGGACUCCUAGUGCACAUAAUCCAAUAACAAUUUUACUCCAUAUUAUGAUUCUAAACAGGCAAAUUGAUUGUACUAUAAUAUAAACUUUUAAACGCCUAUGAACUGAAAAGCGUGCCAAAGUUGAACACACGGUCACAUCACGUUUAUCAUGCUUGUGAAUGUACAUUUUUCGUUGGUUUCUUUUUUCAAGAAAAAAAGUUUGCCGGGCUUAACUUGUGCCGUUUCUUUGUGUGUGCGCGCUCUACAAAUCGUGACAAGCAAACAUGCUAUAUGUGGAAGGACUGUUGAUGAAAAAAUGAAACUUUGUGUUGUUUUUCCUGUAACUCCUUCCUGUUUUGUGUGUGGGUGAAUGUGUAUGCGUGAGUGUAAAUAGCCAACUGCCAUAUUUAUCCAUUUGUAAUUAAAUUAUGGUAUUUACUUGCUACAGAUGAAACAGUAUUUAUAAAAAGAAUGUUUCUUUUUGUUUUGGACUAUAAAUAUGUAAAAUUUAAGAGCUUAAAAACUCAAGAGGCAGUUGUUUU